AUGGCAUCCGGUGAUCAACAGUCAUCAACCACUCAUGAUCAUGAUUCAGAUGAUGAUACUUCAACAGGAAUGCGUUAUAAACCACCACAAAAAGUUGAUUUAUCAACAAUAAUUUCUAAAGAUGCCGAUGAUUUAUCAUUAGAUCGUUAUAAAAAACAACUUUUAGGCGAUGAUGUACAAAAAUUACAUACAAUUAUUGAUUCAAAUGAUCAACGUUGUGUUAUACCUGUACGAAUUAGUCUAUUAUUUGAAAAUCAUAAACCAAAUGUUAUCUUUGAUUUACAUGGAUCAGUUGAACAAAUUCGACAAACUCAUGCAAAACGUAUUGUAAACAUAAAAGAAGGAGAAUCAUAUCGAAUUCAAUUAGAAUAUUAUGUACAACGAGAUAUUGUUACCGGUUUAAGUUUUUUACAAAAAAUUAAAAAAACCAAAAUUAUUGUUGAUAGAAUGAAAUAUAUGAUUGGAAGUCGUGCACCUAGUCCAGAUCUACAAACAUAUCUUGGUGAGAUUGAAGUGGCACCAAACGGAGUGUUAUCACGUGGAUCAUUUUCUGUUAAAUCAAAAAUAUGUGAUGAUGAUAAAAAUUUAUUUGCCGAAUGGGAAUGGACAUUAGUCAUAGGAAAAGAUUGGUGA